UCGUUCGGAGAUCUGUUGCUCAGCGUGUCGCCUCGACGAUCCCAGGGUUCGAAGCGGAAGUUUAAAGCACUUUUGAGUAUGCAGGAAGAAGACGACAAGGCAUGGGCAGCGAUGGAGAGCAGAGGGAAGUUGUUUUCUGGUGAUAACAUGAUCAAUAGAAGUAUGGGUCUCCGAUCUGACGAGAAUGGCGAGCAUGAAAAGGAAAUCUACCCUGACCAUCAUACGGCAGGUGCUCGCCCGGAAACAAAAUUGACUGAUAAUAUUGAAGGAGUGGAAGCGAGUGCGCCUACAACAGCUGAUGAAUACGCGCGGAUGGAAAGAAAGAGACGCUUGCGCAGACUCCUCCUUUUGGCGCUGAAAAAGCGGGCUGAGGAACUGGAAGCCGAGGAGAAGGCGCGUGGAGAAGGCGCUGUUACUCAUGCGGACGUUAGAUUUGAGAUCCCUACAGAAACCAAAGUUUCCUCGACCGACACCGG